AACUAUUCAGUCAUUACUACCAUUUUUCUUGAGUGGUGGUUACUACUAUCACUAGUUACUGAUUUCCUGUUCGUCUUUCCUCUCUUCCAGAUGAUGGAGCCUCGCGUUUUCAAGGGAACCUUCCUCACGCCCACCUCACCUCCACUCCACGCCCGCGGGUUAAGUUGUCGUGAGGAUUUACAACCAACACCCACUCCUUAGGCGUUGGAGAGAUAAUAACCUUGUCCACGAAGACCUAAAGCGGUUUCUAAAACGAACGAAAACUGUGGUACGAGAUACGUGAUCUAAAGGAGAGAGAGAGAAAAAAAAAAAAAACUCGCCAUCAGCUGUAAUUACAGUGACGGAGAACAAACUUACAAACAAACAUAAAACGAACAACAAAUAGUUAUGAAACUGUGAACCCCCCUUCCUCUCCCCAUAAAAAAAAACUUGAAAAAAAAAAAAUCUCCCAACUCGAAAAUCAUCUUUUGGUCAUUCCUACAUCCUAAAAUAUUCACUUUCUUUCUCACAUUCCCCGUGAAAGAAAACCGACCCACCAUUCAAAAACUGGUCCAGAGAUCCGAGCGCACGAGUCAAGGUCGGGCUUCAGUUUGUCAUGGGUGACCGGAAUCUAUGUACCGCAGGAGCAUAGACAUGUCAGCGAGUAACAAUGUGCCGGGAAGUCAGUAUGGCGUGUCCCCCCAGCAGCUCCGUGAGCUCAUGGAGCUCAGGGGCGCCGACGCUCUACAGCGCCUUCAGGAGGAGUACGAGUCCGUCGAGGGCGUGUGCCAGCGCCUGCGGACGCACUCUACGGAAGGUGUUUCAAAUUCCACCGACGACCUCCUGCGGCGUCGGGAAGUCUUCGGCGCGAACGAAAUUCCUCCGAAGUCACCGAAGUCCUUCCUGAGACUGAUCUGGGAGGCCCUGAAGGACACCACGCUCAUUAUCCUUCAGGUGGCGGCCGUCGUGAGCAUCUGUCUCUCUUUCUUUCACGCUGAGGAUAGUUUUAUGGAAGAGGAAAGCUCUGCAGACCCUGGCCCAGUUCAGAGUGAAGAGCAGGAACAGGCGCCCCCAUGGAUCGAGGGCGUGGCCAUUUUAGCGGCAGUCGUUGUGGUCGUCUUCGUAACAGCCUUCAACGACUACAGCAAAGAGAGGCAGUUCCGAGGCUUGCAGAAAAAGAUCGAGAAUUCCAACAAGUUCUCGGUCGUGAGGGCAAGGAGCGUCGUGCAAAUUCCUGUCUCAGACAUAGUCGUCGGAGAUGUCUGUCAGAUCAAGUACGGAGACAUGCUACCCGCCGACGGCUUGCUCAUCCAAGGGUCUGACCUGAAGGUGGAUGAAUCUUCGCUGACAGGAGAGAGUGACCACGUCACCAAAACACCUGUGACAGACCCCAUGCUCUUCUCAGGUACGACUGUCAUGGAAGGAAGCGGCAGAAUGGUCGUGACAGCCGUGGGGGUGAAUUCCCAGGCUGGCAUCAUCAUGACACUUCUUGGUGCCACAGACAAAGGCAAGGACGGAACGAAAGGCAAAGACAAGGAAAAAAAACAGGAGGAGAAAACGGAAAAAUCUGUUCUUCAGCAGAAACUCUCCAGAUUAGCCAUUCAGAUCGGCUAUGCGGGCUCAGCCAUCGCAAUCCUGACCAUCAUCAUCCUGGUCGUGAAAUUCAGCGUCAAGACCUACGUGAUGGACGGUCUCCCCUUCAGCAUCCGCCACAUGAACACCUUCGUCCACCACUUCAUCAUCGGCGUCACGGUGCUGGUGGUGGCCGUGCCUGAGGGCCUGCCGCUCGCCGUCACCAUCUCGCUCGCCUUCUCUGUCAGGAAAAUGAUGAAGGACAACAACCUGGUGAGGCACCUGGACGCCUGCGAGACCAUGGGCAACGCGACCACGAUCUGCUCCGACAAGACGGGGACUCUCACGACCAACCGCAUGACGGUCGUGGCGGCGCACAUAGGGGGCCAGACGUAUAAAGCGCUCCCGACCUACGAAGUCCUUCCCGCCAACCUCGCCGAGCUCCUGGUCCUCGGGAUCAGCGUCAACACCAACUACACGUCGAAGGUUGUUCCCUCCGAAGUGCCCGGCGACCUCCCCAAGCAGAUCGGCAACAAGACGGAGUGCGCCCUGCUGGGUUUCGUGGGCGAGCUGGGCAAGAACUACCAGACGAUUCGCAACCACUACCCGGAGGAGAAGUUCGUCAAGGUGUACACUUUCAACUCGGCGAGGAAGUCCAUGUCCACGGUGAUCUCCCUCGGGGUCGGCGGCUUCAGGCUCUUCACCAAAGGGGCGUCAGAGAUCGUGGUGAAGAAGUGCGCUUACGUCCUGAACGAGAAGGGCGAAGUCGAGACGCUCUCCGUCGAAGACCAGAAGAAGAUCGAGGUUGACGUCAUCGAUCGCUUGGCGUCCGAAGGGCUGAGGACGAUCGGUCUCGCCUACAAGGACUUCGUGCCCUACCACGCCGAGCUCAGUCAGGUAGAGAUCGGCAGUUCUCCGCCUAACUGGGACGACAUGGAUGACACCGUGACCAAUUUGACCUUACUGGCUAUUUUAGGCGUGGAAGACCCGGUCAGGCCAGAGGUGCCCGAAGCGAUCCACCUGUGCCAGCGAGCGGGCAUCACCGUCCGAAUGGUCACCGGAGACAACAUCAACACAGCGCGUUCGAUCGCCACCAAAUGCGGCAUUCUCGCUGCCAAUGACACCGGCUUCGUCUUAGAUAGCAAGGAGUUCAACCAGAAGAUCCGGGACGAGAAAGGCGAGGUCUCCCAAGAAAUGUUCGACCAGGUGUGGCCUCGUCUCCGCGUGCUGGCCAGGUCGUCGCCGCAGGACAAGUACAUCCUGGUGAAGGGCCUGAUUGCCUCCAAGGCCACACCCACCAGGCAGGUCGUGGCGGUGACCGGAGACGGAACCAACGACGGGCCGGCGCUCAAAAUGGCCGACGUCGGCUUCGCUAUGGGCAUCACGGGGACAGACGUCGCCAAGGAAGCCUGUGACAUCGUUCUAACUGACGACAAUUUCACCUCUAUCGUCAAGGCUGUCAUGUGGGGAAGAAACGUUUAUGACUCCAUCGCCAAAUUCCUUCAGUUCCAACUGACUGUCAACGUUGUGGCUGUCACUAUUGCCUUCGUCAGCAUAUGUAUCAUUAGUGAUACGCCGCUGAAGACGGUGCAGAUGCUGUGGGUCAACCUCAUCAUGGACACCCUCGCCUCCCUCGCCUUGGCCACGGAGCCUCCCUCCCGCUCGCUCCUCCACCGCAAGCCGUACGGAAGGACGAAGGCCCUCGUGUCAGGGGUCAUGCUGAGGAACAUCCUGGGUCAGGCGGUGUUCAUGAUCCUCGUCAUCUUCCUGUUGCUCUUUUACGGUCACAUACUGGUCGACAUCGAAGACGGCCUCUACGCAGAACUGGGCGAACCUCCCUCGCAACACUUCACGCUUGUCUUCAACACGUUCGUUAUGAUGACGCUCUUUAACGAGGUCAACGCCCGGAAGAUCCACGGAGAGCAUAACGUCUUCGAAGGCAUUACCAAGAACCCGCUUUUCUAUUGCAUCUGGUUCGUCACUUUCGGUGCUCAGGUCGUCAUCGUGCAGCUGGGCGGCCUCGCCUUCUCUACCUCGGCCCUCAACCUGGAACAGUGGCUCUGGAGUAUUUUCUUCGGGAUCAUGACCCUCUUGUGGAGUCAGGUCGUCAACUCCAUCUUCUCUGCUAUCCACUACGGAAAGGGGAGAUCAACUGCAGUGCACCCGAUGCUGGACGGCGUCUCGGUUGACCCCCUGGAAACCUCCUUUACCAAGAAGAAAAGAGACGCGCAAAUCUUCUGGAUUCAGAGCAUUACCGACCUUCAGACGCAGGUGAUUACCGGGGAUGUGGAGGGACCGCUCCUGCCAGUUCCAAACAACAAGGCUCCGCGAGACCAGGCAAUACGUGUUAUCCGGGCGUUCCAGGCAGGACUUCACCAGCGCAUGGGGGAUAGCGGCGAAGAGGAGGGGGAGCCUGAACGCGUGGGAGUCAAACUUCGCCCUUCCCCGCCCGGGGUCAUCGACAACCCUUCCCUCGAUCUCCUCUCCGAGAGUGAGGACUACAUCAUGUCUGAAUUCGAGAGAAAGUGAUAAGAACGUCAUGGUGAUUAAGGUCCAGGAGAUGCCCAGUGGCACGCCUACCAAGAAACCGGAGUGGAACAUCCCGCAGCUUGAGAUCAACAGCAUCCCUCAGUCUCCAGUUUAACAGUGAACGGCGCAGAAAUGAAGAAGAACAAGAAGAACAAGAAGAACAAGAACACAGGAACAAAAAU